GGUUCCGACUCCUUGCUGACUCUAAAAUCAACUAGAAGAAGAGAGGAAGCUGCGUUCGACCUUCUUGCGAGCGUUUUGAGUUAUGAAGACCUCGCAAGGCUUUAUGCGGUCGAUUGAUCGCAAAUGUCGCGCAGGACUACAUGUGGCCCGGGUGGUCUGGCUGGCUUGAACUCAGCUCAAGGAUCGGGGCCGGGCACGCUAGCACCAUCUGCGAUGAACGGCGAAGGCUUCGAGGUUUUCGGCUUGCGUUCCUCGGUACCGGGCUCUGCUACGCUUCAGGACAGCUGGUGGUCGUUCUUGGCUCGGAGCUUGUUCUUUCGCGGCGCUACGACGACCAAAGAACCGCCAGCUCAACUCGCUGUUACGGUGUUCUACAUACUAGUAUUACCCACGCCGAAAUUCCGGCCAAAAGGAUGCACCACCAUUGUCUUUGCGCAUUUGCAUCUUGCUUGACUCAUGGCGGAAUAUUUGGAUGGAACGUGCUGCAGUGAGAUGCACGGAGUUACAAUUUGGUGAGUCCUCGCGCCUGACCCUCGCUCGACCGUAGAAUCCAUUCGGCUAAUGCGUCCAAGCCUUGCAAAGCGAUGUUCGCUGAUUGCCAUACAAUAUGGUAUUCCUGGUUAGAAUCCUGAAGCUAUGUGGUCGAUUGUGGCUUUUGUCCAAGUAUUUUUUUCAGGCAAAGCCAUUCCAUGUUCCUGUUUGUGCUCAUGAGCUGGGGCAGGCAUGUCGCGUUGAUUAUUGGCGCGAUAGUCGUGCUUUGCACUUCCAGUGCCGCACCGAAGCGGGCUAAUAGAGCACCACCAAAGCAGGUACAAUACAGUACAAACCAUUAUUCACCAGCAAUCUACACUUUCCUUUGGUAAAAGCAAAUACACGGCCAACUCGGUCCAUGCGGCGGCA